UUUCGCGGUCGCAGCUGCGUGUGAUCUGAUCGCAGCGCCGCCAUGUUGCUCCGCGACGAGGACUCAGACGCAUUCAGGGACUGGCUGUUGCCAAAAGUCGAGAAAAUCUGCGAUGCCGACAGCGCCGUCCUAGCAGACUAUGUGGUCGCGCUCGUUUCUGCGAAUACUACUGAGAGAGGUCUCAAGAAAAACUGCCUCGAGAGUCUCGAAGACUUCCUGCAAGACAACACGGCGCCUUUGGUAGACGAUAUUGCACGCGAUGAGAGUGAUUCUCAUUACAAUGCUGCCAGUAAUGGGAGCAGGCCAAUCAAGCAAGCGACUGGCAGAGGUGGAAUCCACACUUUACAAGGUGGUGCUGCAGCUUUCCGGCCUCAGCAUGCUUUACCUGCGUUUGCACCUAUGCCUACUGCACCUGGGUUCCCGCCUGUACCAACUACAAAUGGGCUCCCGCCUAGGCCCACUGCAUCUGGGCUCCCGCCUAGGCCGAUGUCGAACAUGCCGACUAUGCCCAACAUGGCCAAUCUGCCGCCUCCGCCUCCUGGCCCCAUGCCGUUCGAGAUGAUGAACAACCCGAUGGCGUUCAUGUCCAUGAUGGCAGCCAUGAGCACAAAUAUGGGCGGCAUACCUCCGCUUCCUCUGGUUAAUACCCAAGGCAGUCAUGCAGGUGGACGAUCACGCGUAGGCAAAUGCUACAACUAUCAUGAGAAAGGCUUCUGUGCUCUUGGUAGUUUGUGUGCCUUCGAGCACGGGGAUGGUGAUGACAUACCACAAGCUGUACCCGAGUACGAUCCGGACCAGCCAUCGCUGGGUUCAAAUCGAACGCGACAUGGCGGCGGCAAAGCUGUCAAAGCUCGUGCCCCAUUCUCGAUGCUUGGUCCAUCUUACGACCACACGAACACCACGCUUGUCGUAGAGCAGAUCCCCACUGAGAAACUCCGCGAAAAAGACGUUCGAGCGUUUUUCUCUGAGUUUGGUACGGUUGUUGAUGUCCAGAUGCACACCUUCAAGAGCCUCGCAAUUGUAAAGUUUGAGGAUAAUGCUGCGGCAACCCGAGCUUAUAUGAGCCCAAAGGCUGUCUUUGAGAACCGCUUUGUCAAGGUUUACUGGUACAAACAGGGCUAUGGCGAGGGAGCCUUCGACGGAGAGGUUGAGAUGGGUGACGGUGACGGUAACGACUUUUAUAUGCAAGAUGAUCGCCUGAAUCCUGAAGAGAUUGCUAAACGUCAAGCUGAGGCGCAGAAGGCGUUCGAGGAGCGACGCAAGAAGACUCAGGAAGCAGAUGCCAAGGCCGCCGAGAUUGAGAGGCGACUCAAAGAGAAUGAUGUCGAGACGAAGCAGAUAAGACAGCAGCUUGCCGAGCUGGGUGUAGACUACGACGACGGCAUGCAUAAGGAACAGUCUCCAGGCCUAGCAAAUCUGGCGCUUGAAGCAGAGAACCUCUUUACACUAAAAGAGGCUCCAUCUAUGGGUCGCGGAUAUGGCUUUCCUCUUCGUGGUAUUCGUCGAGGUCGCGGUACACGCAGAGCAGGAUAUCUUGGUCGGACCAGCAAGAGCAGUGUAAAGAGACUGGACAAUCGCCCACGUCGUCUGGCUGUUUCCGACAUCGAGAAAGACACCCCUCGGGACGAGGCACUUCGACAGUAUCUCAUGCCUGACGUGGUCAUUCUGACGUUUGAGUACCGCUACCAGGCUGAGACGUUCCUCGACAACUCUCACCAGAUCCUUGAUGUCGGCGAACUUGUACUUGCCUGGGUGCCUAACGAUGCCUUCGGCGGUCUGCCAGUCAGCACCACGACCAAAGAGCCUGAGGCCGCCGCCAACAACGAAUUCCAUGUCAAUGACGACACCAACGGCAAUGACGAUGACUCUGACUCAUCAGCUACUGCCGAGGAGCAGAUCAAGGUCGAGGCUGAGGAAGACGAACAUGUGGAGCAAGACUUCGAUGUCGCAGAUGAUGCGGACGACUUUCUGUAA